UGGGUAUCUGCAAUGGCUAAAGACGAGAAAUAUUAUAAUUUUAAGAUUAGGAUUGAUUCUCCAAGGACUAUACAGGCGAUGGAGAAUUUAGGUAUUGAGAAAGAAGAUUUUAUUAUUAAGACUAAAGACAACUUUAGAGAAGAAGGAAGGACUGAGGAGGUAGUCAAUCUGAGGUAUAACUAUUAUGUUAAGAGAUACAAUGUUACUAUUAAGUCUCUCCUUGAGGAAAGAAAAUAAGCUGGUUAAGAGGAGUCAGUAUAAUUAUGAUAGGCCAAGAACUUCAGUUUAUAAUACACCUACAAAUAUGAAUAGCAGAAAGCCUUGUGAUAAAUUACAAUCAUUAAAGACACUGAAAUCCCAAAAUACUUUGAAGCCACCUUCAUCUCCCCAAAAGAACGUUCCAAGCUCUCCAUCUAAACCUAUGCAUCAAAAUUUAUCAGUGCCAAGAAUGCAAGAGCCUGGCUUGGAGCAGUCUCCAGCUGAUAAGCAGUAUUCAAAAAUUUUAAGAAACUUCUCCAAAGAGCAAAAAGUGAACGACCAAAGGAUCAAAGAAUGCCUUGUGAUAGAGAACAGGAGGAAAAUCCUUGCCAAAAAGGAGAAGAAGGACAAGCAGACCAUCCUGCAAUAUAAGUUAGAAAAGAAACAUGAGCGAGAAAUGAUGAUUAAACACAGGAAAGCUAAACUUGAUCGUGUAAGAAUGCAUAAAAGUACCAUCCAGAGCAAGCAAGACAAGAAAAGAAGAGCUAUUGAGAAAGAGUUCAAGACUAAGUCUCGUCAUCAGUUUAGUUCAACUGGAAUGUUCCAUAAAGAACAAGGAAAACAGAAAGACAAGUUGUCUACUCUUGCAAACUCGAGGAUAAGACCCUUCACUGGCAGCUCUCAAAAGAUGCGUAGAUCUACCAACAGUGAAAUCAGGGCGGAAACAGACAUUGAUCUUCAGUUGGGAAGGAUUGAAGCUCGGAUAGAAAGAGCUAGUAUGAACCACCUCCGCUCAAUGAAUAAGGUUGCUAAGACUCAGAAAUCCAACAACGAGCAGGUUGAAAGAAUCAACCAUAAUUUCAAAUAAAGAGAGUAAGCAAAAAGAAGAGGAAAAUCUUCAAGCUUUUGUCAAAAGAUACCACGAUAAGCACAAGAAGGUGAAAGGAGUCAUAGAAGAUUCCAAGCUCCAUAAGCUUAACCAAAAAACCAAGGAGGACCAGGUCUACAAAAAGUUCUUAGAAAAUCUUGCUCUAGAGAAGAGAUAUAAUGAAAAAUAGAAGGAAAGAAUUGUUAAAGAAUUACCACAAGAAAGUCAAUAAAGCAGAAUAUCGUAAAUAAGGAAAUCCAUCAACAGAUCAUUGCAAGGAAGAAAGAACUUGAGCAAAUUAGAAUGGAAAACAGGAUAGAAAACCAUAAGCGAGAGGAGAGAAAAAUGAUGCUAAAGAAGCUCACAGUUAUAGAGAAAGAUGUACUCAGAGACACUUCAAAGCCCUUUCUACAGACUGAUAAAAUCAAUAAGGACCUAUUGAACAUUAAGCAUAAGAAUCGUCACAGGGUUAGUAGCACUAUUUCGAAAGUCCAGACUGCAGAACCCAUGAAGAGAGAUAAAAUCAAGAAAAUAGUCAAAAAAGUAGCACCAGAACUUCAAGUUGAGGAAUUCGUAGAUGAUGAUAAGGAAGAAAAGAAAGAAGAAGAUAAUGAAUAACUCCAAAGUUG